UUUCUGCACCUCCUCGCGAAGCUGGAAGCUGCCAAGGCACAGGAAUCCCUGGGUGGCCCUGCGGUGGGUCCCAUCCUGUGCCGCGUCAUGGGGCCCAUCUACGUCUUUGCUGCGACGCACGUCGUGGAGAGGCCCUGGACGAACGAGAGGUCUCAGGCAGUGGCACAGGAGCUGCUGGCGUCGCUGGUUCGGGCCGCAGGCUGCGGGUCGGGGGAGGGAUUCCUUCGAGGGAGGAGAAAUACUGGAAGCUCUGGGGAAACUGUGAGCUCAGGCGUUACAAAACACUCAGUGGCAAAUACAGGCCAAGAGCUGGACAAGGACACUUGGAAGCGUAACCCCACCACGAAGCACGUGUUCUGCUGGACGCUGCCUCACAUCACCCGGCCCUGGCUGAGCUGUUACCUGGAGCGUGUCCUCCCGCCGUCGCUGCUCAUCUCGGAUGACUACCAGGAGGAGAAUAAAAUCCUGGGUGUGCGCUGCCUGCAUCACAUCGUUCUCAAUGUGCCAGCUGCUGAUCUGUGCCAGUUCAACAGGGCUCUGGUGGUGUACCACGCCCUUUACAACCAUCUCUAUUCACGAGAGGCCCCUCUCAUCCAGGCAGUACUGCUGUGCCUCCUGGAUUUGCUGCCGAUCCUGGAGAGGGCCCAGCGGCACCAGAAGCAGGCCAGACCAACAGCCCACUGCGAUGAGGUGCUGCAGCUGGUUCUGACCCACAUGGAGGCAGAGCAUCGCCUUGCGCUGCGGCGGGUGUAUGCCAGGACCCUGCCCGCCUUUGUGCAGCGGCUUGGCAUCCAGAUAGCGCGGCACCUGAAGAGGCUGGAGCGAGUUAUCCUGGGGUAUCUGGAAGUCUAUGAUGGCCCUGAGGAAGGAGCCCGACUGGGAAUACUGGAGACACUGCAAUGCACCAUAGAGCAUGCUUGGCCCAGAAUGCCAUGCAGGCUCCCUGUGCUCCUCCAAGCCCUGCUGAAGAUGAUCUGGGACGUGCACACUGACCAGGGUUCAACGCCAGAGCCGGUAAAAGCUGCCUUGCUCCAGGGGGCCACGGAAUGCCUCAUCCUGCUGGAUCGCUGCUCCGAAGGGCAAGUGAAGGUCCUGCUGGAAGGCGUGUACAGCAGCUGUGAGGAGAACCGCGUGCGGGAAUGCAUCAGGAAGGUGCAAGGGAACACAUGAGACAUGGCUGAUCAAUGCCUACCCUGCUUUUUGUACAGUAAACUUUUUUUAUUUAUUUAA